AUGGCUCCACCAAAGUACGCCGAUCUUAAUAAACAAGUAUCAGAUAUAUUUAAUAAAGGCUUUUUUUUCAAUGUAUUCAAACUCGACGUUAAAACACGUUCGGCUAAUGGAGUUAAUUUCAAUGUAGUCGGUGAACACAAUACCGAAACAGCAAGAACCUUUGGUAGUCUCGAAAGCAAAUAUGUUGUUCCAAAAUAUGGCUUAACAUUUUUGGAAAAAUGGAAUACAGAUAAUGUGCUUAAAUGUGAAAUAACAGCCGACGAUCAAUUAGCUCAAGGUUUCAAAAUUACUUUCGAUGCUACUCUGGUGCCGCAUACAGGAAAAAAAGCUGCUGAACUUCGUACAACUUAUGUUCAUGAUAAGGCUCAAGUCGAAGCAAAUAUUGGUUCUGACGCUACGGGUCCAACACUUAAUGGAGCUAUUGUAUUAGGACACCAAGGCUGGUUAGCUGGAUAUCAAUAUGUUUAUAGCACCGGUAAAGCAAGUUUAACAAAGAGUAAUUUCGGUCUUGGAUACAAAGCAAAAGAUUUUACAUUGUUCGCUAACUUAAAUGAUGGAAAUGAAGUUGGCGGUAGCGUCUAUCAUCGUGUAAACGAUAAACUUGAAACUGGUGUUCAAUUAGCAUGGACAACAGGUACCAAUCAGACACGAUUUGCGGUUGCAUCAAAAUAUCAACUUGAUUCUCAAACUGCAAUUGGUGCUAAAGUCAACAAUAUUUGCCAAGUCGGUCUUUCGUUUCAACAACUUCUUCGUCCAGGAUUUAAAUUAACAUUAUCGACUUUAUUUGAAGCUCGAAACUUAAAUGCUGGUGGACACAAAGUUGGUUUGGGACUUGAACUCGAAAGUUAA